CAGCUCAGUACAACCAGCAGUACGCAGCUGCUGGUCACCUUGCUCAGGAGACACCACUCGUUCUCCAACACCACAGACGACUCCACCGACAGUCUGACGUCAUGAACAGGAUAUUGAUGGUACUGGCGGUCGCCGCGUUGGCGGCAGGACGCCCAGAACCGCCUGUGAACAACGCCUACCUACCACCGUCUGCCGGUGGCGGCCCUGGCGGUAACGGACACGGUGGCGGUUCGCCCUCCGCUACUUACGGCGCCCCAGGGGCAGGAGGCAACGGUGCCUUUGGGGGCGGACGCAAUGGCCAAUCCGGUUCUCCUUCCUCCACGUAUGGUGUCCCCGGGGCUGGUGGUAUCGGAGGCGGUGCAGCCUCUGGCGCUGGAGGCUUUGGGGGUGGUGCCGGAGGUGCCCCCUCUUCCACGUACGGUGUACCGGGAGCUGGCGGGCGCAACGGUGGUAACGGUAGGGGCCGGCCAUCUUCGACAUACGGCGCUCCUGGAGCGAACGGCGGAUUCGGUCCUGGUGGGAACGGCGUCGGUGGCGGCGCUCCUUCGGCGACAUACGGUGCUCCUGGCGCGGGAGGCAUCGGAGGUGGCAGAAACGGCGGUUUUGGUGGCGCACCCUCCAGCACUUACGGGGCACCUGGAGCAGGCGGUAAUGGUGGUUUUGGCGGUGGCCGCAAUGGAGGCAGAGCACCCUCUAGUACAUACGGCGCUCCUGGAGCCAAUGGCGGAAUCGGUGGCGCUCCUUCUUCCACGUACGGGGCUCCUGGGGCAGGCGGUGCUACUGGUGGUCUUGCUGGAGGAAUUGGCGGUGGCGCUCCGUCGUCGACAUACGGAGCUCCCGGUGCUGGUGGAGCUGGUCGCGGCUUUGGCGGUGGUGUCGGAGGUGGCGCACCUUCUUCCACGUAUGGAGCACCUGGAGCCGGCGGAAAUGGCGGUGGGUUUGGUGGAGCACCCUCUUCGACCUAUGGCGCCCCGGGUUUCGGUGCUGGAAGGAAUGGUGGAGCAGGAGGUAACGGAGUAGGUGGCGGAUUUGGAGGUGCUCCGUCCAGCACUUAUGGAGCUCCGGGAGGUGGUGCCGGUGGGUUUGGUGCAGGUGGUGCAGCAGGAGGUGCCGGAGGACCAUCGUCCACGUAUGGAGCUCCUGGCGCAGGCGUUGGCGGUGGACCUGGUGCAGGCAUCGGUGGAGGCAUCGGCGGAGGCAUCGGCGGAGGCAUCGGCGGAGGUGUCGGCGGAGGAUCUGGCUACGGAAGUGGCGCUGGAGAGGAUGGCUCGUCUGAGCCUGCCAAGUACGAGUUCAGCUACGAGGUGAGCGACGCGGAGACCGGCACGGAGUUUGGACACAGCGAGUCUCGCGAUGGUGACGUGGCCCAGGGAUCCUACAACGUGCUGCUGCCUGAUGGCCGCAAGCAGAUCGUCGACUACCAGGCGGACCAGGGAGGCUACCAGCCCGAGAUCCGUUACGAGGGAGAGGCGUCCACUGGCGCUGGGGCGGGUGCGGGCGGCUUUGGCGGACCUGGUGGAGCUGGUGGUGCAGCAGGUGGCUACCCAGGAUCUGGUGCUGGUGGAGCUGGUGGCUAUCCAAGUGGAGGAGCUGGAGGUGCUGGAGGCUAUCCCAGUGGUGGUGCUGGAGGUGCUGGAGGAUAUCCCAGUGGUGGUGCUGGAGGUGCUGGAGGAUAUCCCAGUGGUGGAAAUGGGGGUGCUGGUGGUUACCCUAGUGGAGGAGCUGGUGGCGCUGGAGGAUACCCAAGUGGUGGCCCAGGAGGCGCAGGAGGCUAUCCUAGCGGAGGAGCUAGUGGCGCUGGAGGAUAUCCUAGUGGUGGAGCUGGAGGUGCCGGUGGUUAUCCCAGUGGUGGAGCCAACGGCGCUGGAGGAUAUCCAAGCGGUGGUGCAGGAGGUGCUGGAGGCUACCCUAGUGGCGGUGCUGGCGGCGCAGGUGGAUAUCCCAAUGGAGGAGCUGGAGGCGCUGGUGGCUACCCUAGAGGAGGACCAGGCGGUGCCAGUAAUGGUGGAUACCCCAGUGGCGGCGCUGGUCGCGGUGGCGGCGCAGGCGGCCGUGGAGGAUAUCCAUCAGGUGGUCCAGGAGGCGCCGGUUCUCAUCCGGGAUACUAACUGUUUUGUCCACUACUCCAAACGAUGACGGACUCAGCAAAGUCACAGCAACGAAUACGCUUCUGCCCUGCUCUAUAUAAUCACGAUAUGUUAUGUAUAUUACCUAAUUAUUGUAACUUACAAGGAUCUCGUCCUGUUUGUGUGUAUGCAUGCUGAAACUAGUUUAUAUGUGUUUAUUGUGUUUAACAUGUACUGUGUACAUGACAUGUUAUUUAUUUACCUAAUUACUCCUCUAUGUUAUAUAAGUGAGCUUCAAAACUAUGUAUAUUGAAGUGCAAGUCACAUAUGCAUUACAAAAAUAAAUUCAUUA